AUGUCACCACACGCCGUGCCACCAACGCCGGGGUCACCGCACCAGGGUAUAGAUUUCACAAAGUUUGCCGUGACCAGAAACGCCUUCCUGCCUGACGAGAGCCCCGUUCCUGUCCUGUCCCACCCGUACUAUACACCGUGGGAAGCAGUCGGACAGAACUUGGCUGCAUUGAUCGACGAGGGCACCAUACGCCAUGUCAUUGACCAGCUGCCGGUGCUCUCCGUCGACAAGCUCGCCUCCGAACCAGAGUGGCGGCGGGCUUACACCAUGCUGGCCUUUAUGACGCACGCCUAUGUAUGGGGCGGCGAUGAGCCCAAAGAGAUUCUCCCGCCGCAGAUAUCAGUCCCCUUCCUCCAGGUGUCGGCCCACGUCGAGCUGCCGCCCGUGCUGACCUACGCCGCCGCCAACCUGUGGAACUUUACCUGCGACGGCGACGACUUUAGCGACCUGGACAAGCUCUCCGUCUGCUUCUCCUUUACCGGCACCGAGUCCGAGUCGUGGUUCCUCCUCAUCAGCGUCGCCAUGGAGGCCAAGGCGGCCGGCAUCCUGCAGACCAUGACGGCCGCGCUCGAGGCCGUCAAGGCCCGCGACUACGACGGCGUCGUGCGCGGCCUCGAGGAGCUGCGCCGCUGCAUCGACAGCGUCGCCCGCCUCCUCGAGCGCAUGUACGAAAAGUGCGACCCCAUGACCUUUUACCACCGCAUCCGCCCCUUUCUCGCCGGCAGCCAGAACAUGGCCGCCGCCGGCCUGCCGCGCGGCGUCUUGUACGACGAGGGCGGCGCCGCCGCCGGCAGCACCUGGCGGCAGCUGCGCGGCGGCAGCAACGGCCAGAGCUCGCUGAUCCAGUUCUUUGACGUGGUCCUCGGCGUCGACCACCGCGGCCACGGCGACGGCAAGCACGCCAGCUUUCACGACGAGGUCCGCGAGUACAUGCCCGGCCCGCACCGCCGCUUCCUCGUCCAGGUGGCGCGCAUGGGCAGCAUCCGCGAGCUCGCCAUGGUCGGCGCCGCGCCGCAGCGCCUCCGCGACGCGUACACGGCCGCGACGACGGCGCUCACGGCCUUUCGCCAAAAGCACAUCUCCAUCGUCACGCGCUACAUCGUCAUCCCCUCCAGGCAGCCGUGGCAGGGGAAACGGGGCACGCACAACCUCGCGAGCUCGUCGUCGACGGCCAAUGAAGACGAGCAACUGACAGGCACAGGCGGCACGGCGCUGGUGCCGUUCCUGAAAAAGGCCCGUGAUGAGACGACGGAAGCGGGCAAGCUGCAACGGAGACAAUAG